AUGGAGAAGUUCUCUCUCCUCAGCAUUUCUGAACCUCGAAUCUCUUCCUCGGUCCUGAGCACUUUCCCUAACAUUACGUCUUCGCGUGCCACCAGCUUGCCAGACGGCGUCCUGGGAGACCCCCAGAACGGGGAGCAGCUGAGGCGGAACUGCGCCAUCUACCGGCCCUGGUUCUCCCCGUACAGCUACUUCAUCUGCACGGACAAAGGCAGCCACCUGGAGACCUACGGCCUCCCCGAGGGGCAGAGGGACCAGGGCACCGGGCGCAGCCGCCUUCCCGAGGACUUGGCCAGGAGCAGCCCCUCGUCCUCCUCCUCCGCAGAGAACCCCUGCUCCCUAGGGGCCACCGAGAAGUCCAGGCACGGCCGGGGCCCCGGGGACUCCAUCACCACCCAGGACAUCCUGAUGGCCUCCAAGUGGUACCAGGUCCAGCAGAACGGCUACAAGUGCGCAGCCUGCUGCCGCAUGUACCCCACCCUGCACUCCCUCAAGAGUCACAUCAAGUGGGGUUUCCAGGAGGGCUUCAGCUGCAGGGUGCACUACCGCAAGCUCAAGGCCUACUGGGCCACGGGGAGGGCGCGGCCGGGGGACACGCCCUCUGGGGGCAGCGGCCAGGCCUUCAAGUAGUCCCACCUGCUGGCAGCGGCUGUCUGCUAGUCGGCAGCUCAGAUAAAUUGGGGAUGAAGCCUACUCGUGUCUCCAGAGAGAUGUCAAUCAACCAAAGUUAGUCGCAGCCUUCUACCAAGUGUGAGGUCACCUGCCGUCCAGCCUCUGGCCCCACCCCACUCCGCUCUGGCUAAGAGCUGCCCAGCAACACCACCCCCUUCUCCCUGCCCACCAUCCCCUCCACUUCCACAGACAAAACCUGAAGUUUGGGAA